AUGUUGAUGCCUUCAUCGUCGGAAAUCUCUGCUUUCAACGUCAUUGACGACAAUGAAAGGAAGAACACCACUCACACCACUCGUUCAUCCUCCUCCUCCUCCUCUUCCUCGCAUGCACUUCUUCCUCCCAAUUACGAUGCUUCUUGCCUCUUAUUUGCUGCUGGAAAAAACAAGUAUGGAGCUCUCGGGACAGGUCUCAAUGACUUUACGAAUCGAAUGGUUCCUACACGGAUGGUCCUCUUUGAGAGAAAGCCUUUGAUCGGAGGUGGAUUUGUCAAAUACAAAGGAUUCUUGAAUCGGAUAUUGGAAAAUCAAGGAGGAAGUGAUGAUGACAAUGAUAGGAAUGAUGGAGAGGAGACUGUUUCUGCUGCCACUACUCAAAAUAUUCAUCAACACAUAGAUUCGACAACGACAACAACAACCUCUUCUCCUUCUUCAUCGGAGGAACAGGAACAACAACAAGAAUACUUUAUUCCAACCAUGAUCAAGAAGGUCGUUUGUGGAGCCUAUCAUUGUGUCAUGCUCUCAGAAGGUGGAGAAGUGUUUGUUUGUGGAUUUAAUUCAUUUAAAGGAGUUUUGACGCAUGCAGACAAGUUGGAAGUUUUUCAACCUUUGAAAUUUGAAAAAAAAGUUAAAUUGAUGAGUAGUGGAUGGUUUCAUUUGAUGAUCUUGACAGAAGAUGAUGAGCUGUAUGGAAUUGGCUUGAAUUCGAGUGGACAAUUAGCUGUUGGAGAUUUAAACAAACGUGACACAUUUACAAAAAUUGAAAUUCCAAAAGACUUUAAACAUUCAGAAGAAGAGAACAUCAAUGAAUCAUCGAUGAUGGAAUCUAUAAACACGAGUAGUGAAGAAAUCAACAAUCAAUCAGAUAGUUCCGAUGAUAUCAUUCACGUGGAGACACCCCAUUGCAUUUCAAUCAAAAAAAUUUGUUGUCAAGAACAUCAUUCAGCCCUAAUCAGCGAAACUGGAUCCUUGUUUGUAGCUGGUAAAAAUAAUAUGGGUGAAUUAGGUAUUGGAAAAGGAUCUUCUAGACCUGCUGUCAAAACAUUCACAAAAGUAGAAGCUUCAUUUGUUGCAAAAGAUAUUUCAUUUGGAAAAGAUCAUGCCGUUGUGCUUUCACAAGAUGGAUUUAUUUACGUUUCUGGAUCCAAUGAAACAGGACAAAUAGGUCUUGGAAACAUCAAGCAUGUGAAAAGAUUUACCAAAAUUCAUUUAAAAAUUGGAUACAAAGUCACAAAAAUUGCGUGUGGAUUCAUGCAUACCACAGCGAUAUGCAAUGUUGGAGGAAAUAUCUUAACUGCUGGAAGUAAUUUAAAUGGUGAAUGCGGUUUGGGAGAUCGCCAAAAGCGUACUCGUUUUACUUUAUUGAAAACAAACCUCAUUCCAAAACAAAUUUCAUGUGGAGCCUCACUUUCUCUACUGCUAACUGAUCAAUAUGCAUACAGUUGUGGUAUUAACACUGAUGGACGACUGGCAACAGGAGAUACUGCCCACUUUUCUGCAGCCUACAAAAAGAUCAAAACCAUGACCACAGACAUUAUCAAUAGAAUCGCUUGUGGUGCCUUCGCGUCAUAUUUUUACUUUUCACACAGAAAGGCAAUCCUUGACUCGCUUCCAAUUCUAUCUUUUCCUAUUCGACAUUAUUCUUGGAACAAGCUCCAUGAAUCUGUGGAAAUAUUUGGUUUCGAACCGUUAUUGAAACAGGUUUUACCCAAAUUCUAUACUAACGUCAUUUGUAACACUAACUUUUUAACCACUAUGAAUACUUUCCAAAUUUCUAUUGUACAAUUGAUCAUUGAUUGUGUACAGGGGCAUUAUCAGAAUAAGAAAAAAGAGCUCAUUCAUUUUCUAUCUCGUUUAGAUUUCAUUCAAAAAUUGCAAUUGUUGUAUUGCCUUAAUCACUCGGAGUGUGACGUUUUUGUUGAGAAUGUAAAGAGAUUUGUGUUUCUGUUUCUCAUCGAACAAACUCAAGAAAAAUUUCGUGACGUUAAAAAAGAUGAUGUGGAAUUUAUGAGCUUUUUAUCAGAAAUUGAAACCCUCAUGGAAUAUUUUGAAGAAAAGUCCAAUGAAACGAAUGCUCUUCCCAUGCAAAGAAAUGUACCUUCCACGACUUCACUUCUUCACAAAUUGUAUCAAUUUUUUUCAAAACGACAACAAGUACAAUAUUUUCAAUCACAUCCCAUUCAUGAACAGUUCAAUCACGGUUAUUUAUUUUCCAAGUUGUACAAUGAUGCAACAAGCAGUAGUGAUGUUAAGGUAAUCAUUGAUUCAAAACAGAUGAACAUGGUUCACUUACACAAAACAAUUCUCUCAUCUGCGAGUCCAGUCUUGGAGAAAAUGCUGGGUGAAGAAUUUGGAUUCAGUCAUGAAAAAGACAUGCUCAAUCUUUAUGACUUUGAAAGUGACACCUCUGACAAACAAACAACGGAUACUGAAAUUAUUUUAAAGGAAAAGGCAAUUAGAGGACUAUUACAGAGCUGUUAUGGCGUUUUGAAAAAACAGAAAAGCAACAGUGAUGAUUAUAAUGACAUUUCUCUUGUCAUUUGUAUGCUUUAUCAUGGAAAUAUUUUACAAAUGGAUCAUGUCAUUCGAUUUUGCUGUCAGAAACUUUCCAGCGUUCUCUCUGUGGAUAAUUUUCUGGUCGUUUGCAAAUGGCUGAUGCAAUUUGGGGAUGAGUCUUUCUUUGCACGAACGAAUGAUGGUGGAACUCGCAGUCAUAAUAAUCAGGAGAAUCCCAUGAUGGACAUUUUUCAAUUACUGACACAGUUUGCAGAGAUGAACAGUGAUGAGCUAGCUCUCAAGUACAAAAACCAUCCGUCCGAGUGGGACAAUAUUCCUUGCAUUCAAUCUCUCUUGUUUAAGAAGAGUGUCAAACCUCCGGAAAAUUCUUCGAACAGUUCUCAGCAAACACACUCAAAGAAAUGUUCCAUUCAAUAA